AUGGUCUACGGGAGGAGCAUCGCCGUGGGCGUCGUUCUGAUGACCGUCGUCUUGCUGCUGGCCGCCGGAAUAUUUUACCUAAGUCUGGGACCCUGCCCCACGGGCAGCUUCGCCUGCGACAACGGCACGCUGUGCGUUCCAAGGCGCCAAAUCUGCGACAGUCGGCCCGACUGCGCCGACAGCAGCGACGAACAUCCUGUGGAAUGCGGACUCCUCUAUGGAAGCAAGGAGAUUGCCGACAAGAUUGUGCGUAACGCGAUUGAAAAGAAGCAACAGCGCCUAAUCUCCUCCGUCUCGAAUGCAAGCGGCGUGGAUUUACCAGCGCCGGCGGCGCCACGAAAUCAGAGCCUAACUUUAAACAUGACUUGUGAUAUCGUCACAUAUCCGAAAAGCUGUCAGUGUGGCAUGAAAACUAUUUUAUUCUGCGGUCGCUAUGCGAAGUUGCGACGAUUUCCUCGGACCAGUUCGGAGGUUACCAAUCUGAUCAUUAUUCGCAACAACCUGACCUUGAGAGACAAUAUCUUUGUAAAUUUGACGGGUCUGCGAAAGCUGACGCUUAAGUACAACAACAUAUCACAUGUCCCGCUGAACAGCUUCACUGGGUUGGUUCAACUGGAGCGCCUGGAAUUGAGCCACAACAACAUCAGCCACUUGCCACAGGGAACUUUCAUCGGAUUGCAAAGCCUCCAGUGGUUGUUCCUGGUGAACAACCACCUGCACCAACUGCCCAUGGAGCAGUUGCGACUCAACCGCAGGUUGGAGUGGUUGGUCCUGAGUAGGAAUCGCCUCACCCUGCGGAAUGUGCAGAUGCCGAAAAUCCCGUCGCUCUACGAAGUUUAUUUGGAUUUCAAUCGAAUCGAAUACAUUGGCAAGGAAACUUUUUCCCAAUUGGAUAAUUUACAUUUGCUGGAUCUUCAGCAUAACCUCAUCACUCACAUCCAUGGCCAAGCCUUUGCGAGUCUAACCAAUAUGCGAGAUAUCCGCCUUGUCGGUAAUCCCAUUAAGGAGUUAUCUGGCGAAACAUUUCUGCACAACACUCGACUGGAGGCACUAUCUCUGGCCCACAUGCCCAUUCACAUCACCCGCAGUCUGGUGGAGCCGCUGAACAUUUCGUUCCUGAAUCUUACGGGCAUUCGCUAUGAUCACAUCGACUUUGGGGCCAUCAAUGCGAUGCGCAAUCUCACCUAUAUUAUCUACGAUCGAUUCUUUUACUGCUCGAUGACGCCGCAGGUCAGGAUGUGCAAGCCUUCCACCGAUGGAAUUAGCUCCUUCCAGGAUCUCCUGAGCAAACCCGUUCUUCGUUACUCCGCCUGGGUGAUGGCCACCCUGACCAUAGCUGGGAAUGUCCUGGUUCUUUGGGGACGCUUUAUCUACCGGGACGAGAACGUGGCUGUGACGAUGGUGAUCCGAAAUCUGGCCUUGGCCGAUAUGUUGAUGGGCUUUUAUCUGGUAACCAUUGGAGUGCAGGACUACCGCUACCGGAACGAGUAUUACAAGGUUGUGCUGGAUUGGAUCAGCUCGUGGCAGUGCACGUUAAUUGGAACCCUGGCCGUGAGCUCCUCCGAGGUGUCGAUGUUAAUUCUGGCCUUCAUGUCGCUGGAACGCUUCCUAUUGAUCGCGGAUCCCUUCCGUGGCCACCGCAGUAUUGGAAGUCGGGUGAUGUGGCUGGCUUUGAUAUGCAUCUGGAUUACUGGUGUGGGACUGGCGGUGGUUCCAGUCCUUCUUUGGCGGACGAGUACUCUGCCCUACUAUGGAUCCUAUUCUGGCACUUGUUUUCCACUCCACAUCCACGAGGCCUUUCCCAUGGGCUGGCUUUACUCGGCGUUUGUGUUCCUUGGCGUCAAUCUGCUGCUGCUGGUGAUGAUCGCGAUGCUCUACACGGCACUCCUCAUCUCGAUAUGGCGGACGCGGAGUGCCACACCGCUGACUCUCUUGGAUUGCGAGUUUGCAGUGAGGUUCUUUUUUAUCGUGCUGACCGACUUUCUGUGCUGGGUGCCCAUAAUAGUUAUGAAGAUCUGGGUUUUCUUCAACUACAAUAUCUCCGAUGACAUAUACGCCUGGCUGGUGGUCUUUGUGCUGCCCUUAAACUCGGCGGUAAAUCCACUUUUGUACACUUUCACCACGCCCAAGUAUCGAAAUCAGAUAUUCCUGCGCGGCUGGAAGAAAAUUACUUCUAGGAAGCGAGCCGAGACGGGCAACGGCAACGUUGCGACCACCACGACGGGCACGGCCACCGGAUCCUCGCAGCAUCCGGAUGACUCCACGGCACUGGCUAAGGCCAUGCCACUGGCCCUUACGCUAUCAAACUAACGCAU